CUGUUUUAUAUAUAAUUUACCACGCACAAGAAUGAAUCUUUUCCGACACAAAAUCUACAAAAAAUGUAAAUUAAAAUAAAAGGAUAUUCAACAACUUAAACUGAAGGAAAAAACAAGUGGGCUUUUUUCCAUUUUCUUUAAUUCAUUCCAGAAGUCCCAUCAUUACAGCUGCCCCCUUUUCUCUUCCUUUCUCUAUUCUUCUUUGUCUCUCAAGAGAGACUAACGAAACACUCUCCAGUCCCCACUUCCAUCAUCAUCAUCAUCAUCAAUUCAUUCCUCCCCUCCCCUUUCUUCAACACAUACAAACAAUCCCAUUACAUUUGUUUAUUCAUAAUUCAAAGCCAUUAUUAUUCAUGUGCUGAUUCACUGUUUCGUUUUUAGAAGAAAAACAGAGGAAGAGGAGAAGCAGGGAUGUCUGGUAACAGUAGAACCAGCAGCAAGAAUGCAUCUUUAAACGAUGAGCUUUCUAAAAGGACCUCAAUUUUUGGUUUACGGUUGUGGGUUGUGGUUGGAAUAUGCGUUGGUGCUGCAAUUGUGCUGUUUUUGUUCAUUAUUUCCUUAUGGUUUACUUCCAGACGUCACAGCAAGAAGUCCAGGCUUGCGUCUCAGAAAAAUCCCACCAUUCCUAACGUUUCUAAAGAAAUUCAAGAAAUUUGGGUCGACCCAAGUAGGCCUGUGCCGGAACAGGACCCGAAAAUCCUCCUCCUGCCUGCUCCGGUUCCUGACCCAUUGCCGGAAUCCGAUCACUUAGAAACUGAGAACGGGAAUGGUCAUCAGAGAAUUCAUGUGGAAAUUGGGAAGGGACACCGGAUUGCGUAUCCAGAGAAGCCCGGGUCGGGAAGUGGAGGUUCGGGUCAUGGUAGUGGGGAGGCCCGCCCGGGUGAUCAAGCUAUCAUAACCGUGCCGGAGGUUUCUCAUUUGGGGUGGGGCCAUUGGUAUACUUUGAGGGAGUUAGAGGUUUCUACUGACGGGUUUGCAGACGAAAAUGUGAUUGGGGAAGGUGGAUAUGGGAUUGUAUACAAAGGGAUUUUGGAGGAUGGUACUAAAGUUGCUGUCAAGAAUUUGCUUAAUAAUAGAGGACAAGCUGAGAGGGAAUUCAAAGUUGAAGUUGAAGCAAUUGGGCGUGUUCGGCACAAGAAUUUGGUUAGGUUGCUUGGUUACUGUGCUGAAGGAGCUCAUAGAAUGCUGGUGUAUGAUUAUGUAGACAACGGGAACUUGGAACAGUGGCUUCAUGGAGAUGUUGGGCCUCGCAGCCCCCUUACAUGGGAUAUUCGCAUGAACAUUAUAGUUGGAGCAGCUAAAGGGCUGACCUAUCUGCAUGAAGGACUUGAACCUAAAGUUGUCCACCGUGAUAUUAAGUCAAGCAACAUUCUGCUUGAUAAGCAAUGGAAUUCAAAAGUAUCAGACUUUGGGUUAGCAAAGCUUUUAGGCUCAGAGAGGAGCUACAUCACAACGCGUGUUAUGGGAACUUUUGGUUAUGUUGCUCCAGAAUAUGCUAGUACUGGCAUGCUAAACGAGAGGAGUGAUGUUUACAGUUUUGGUAUCCUUCUUAUGGAGAUAAUAACAGGAAGAAACCCAGUUGACUACAGUCGGCCUCCAGGGGAGGUGAAUCUGGUUGAUUGGCUCAAAACAAUGGUCUCUAACCGCAAUGCAGAAGGAGUAUUGGAUCCUAAAUUGCCAGAGCAGCCUUCUUCAAGAGCCCUGAAGCGUGCUCUUUUGGUAGCUUUACGCUGUGUUGACCCAAAUGCUCAGAAGAGGCCAAAGAUGGGGCAUGUGAUACACAUGUUGGAGGCUGAUGAUUUCCCAUUUCGAGAUGAACGAAGGACUGUUGGAAGAGAACCUGCACGUCCAUACCAUGACAGGUUGAAAGAGAGGAUAAUGGAGAAACGCAUGAUUGAUUCAGGAGACAGCAGUGGAUAUGAAAGUAGUGUCCAAACUAACAGAUCGCAGUUGAGAAAACAGGAAUUAGAUGAAGAGCACUAGUGUUAAAUAAAGGUUGUUUUAGUUUUGAUCAGAGGUCGUUCUAUGAAAAUAGCAUUCUCUUUUGUCUGCUUUAUUAUGUAUAUAUAUCACUACGUUCCAGUGUGCUUAUUUAGACAAAUAGAUGAUUGUUGCAGGUAAUCUAUAUUGAGUGCUUAUGAUGGGUUGCUCUGCAUUAUUGACCAUAUUUCGGCUUCUAAUUUUGUUUUUUCUCACUGACUCUACAACACAACCCUUUCUUAGUGAUGCAACAAAUGUCAGCUUGAUUUGUUAAUAUAAUAAUCUUAAUAUAAUAAUCUCAAGUUCAGUGAGUC